AUGGGACUCCUUUUUCUGCUUGAAAUGAGAAAUUACAGAACGUCUAUUCUUGUGGUACUAAUCUUGGUAACGAUUCUCAAUGGGCAAAGCAGUUUUCUGGCACGAGUAGGGGCUGAGAGUGAGAGGAGCAAGGUUUAUGUAGUGUAUUUGGGUGAGAAGCAGCAUGAUGAUCCUGAGUUUGUCACGGAAUCUCAUCAUCGAUUGUUAUGGUCACUUCUUGGAAGUAAAGAGGAUGCUCAUGAUUCAAUGGUGCAUAGUUACCGACAUGGCUUCUCAGGUUUUGCAGCCAAGCUUACCAAUUCUCAAGCCAAGAAGUUGGCAGAAUUACCUGAAGUUGUUCAUGUCACGCCUGAUAGUUUCUACGAACUAGCAACAACUCGGACUUGGGACUACUUAGGCCUUUCUGCCGCCAAUCCGAAAAAUCUUCUAAAUGUCACUAAUAUGGGUGAAGAAGUUAUAAUCGGCGUUGUCGACACAGGAGUUUGGCCAGAAUCUCAAGUUUUUAACGACAAUGGGAUGGGUCCUGUGCCGAGCCAUUGGAAAGGAGACUGUGAAUCAGGAGAGAUGUUCAACUCCUCUCACUGCAACAAAAAACUCAUAGGAGCCAAAUACUUCAUCAGUGCUUUUCUUGCGAAGUACGAAAGCUUCAACGCAACAGCAUCACUCGACUUCAUUUCCCCUAGAGACUAUGAUGGUCAUGGCACGCACGUCGCCACCAUAGCAAGUGGUUCGGUCUUCCCCAGCAUAAGCUACAAGGGCCUAGCCGGAGGGACUGUGAGAGGUGGUGCCCCUCGUGCUCGUAUAGCAAUGUACAAGGCUUGUUGGUAUCAUGAUGAUCUAGAGAUAAAUACUUGUUCGUCUGCUGAUGUCUUGAAAGCUAUGGACGAGGCUAUACAUGAUGGUGUUGACGUUCUGUCUCUCUCUCUAGGAUCUAACGUUCCUAUAUACCCUGAAACUGAUUUCCGCAAUGGAAUAGCUACUGGGGCGUUCCAUGCAGUCUUGAAGGGUAUUACAGUAGUUUGCUCAGGUGGUAACGCUGGCCCAGAGGCUCAGACCGUGUCAAACACGGCUCCUUGGAUUUUGACUGUGGCUGCAACUACUCUAGACCGGUCAUUUCCCACUCCUAUUACACUUGGGAACAAUAAAGUGAUAUUGGGUCAAGCAUUGUACACAGGUCCAGAAGUUGGUUUCACUAGCUUGGUUUACCCAGAGAAUCCAGGGAACAGCAACGAAAGUUUUUAUGGUACCUGUGAACUUCUUCUCUACAACUCUAACAGAACAAUGGAGGGGAAAGUCGUGUUGUGUUUCACUACAUCACUUUUAAGUAGCUCUGUGUCGAAUGCUGCACGUUAUGUGAAGAGAGCUGGUGGUCUUGGCGUAAUCAUUGCAAGGCAUCCAAGCUUUGUUCGACCAUGUCUAGAUGAUUUCCCUUGUAUUACUGUGGACUAUGAGCUUGGGACCAAUAUACUUCUCUACAUUCGUUCCAGUGGAGCACCUGUUGUGAAGAUACAACCUUCUAAAACACUCGUUGGACAACCAGUUGGUACAAAGGUGGCAAGUUUCUCAUCAAGAGGUCCCAAUUCUGUUGCAGCUGCGAUCCUCAAACCUGAUAUAGCAGCUCCGGGAGUGAGUAUAUUGGCAGCUACAGCCACCAAUAGAACUUUCAACGACCGAGGUUUCAUUAUGCUGUCAGGAACAUCGAUGGCGGCUCCUGUGAUUUCAGGAGUUGUUGCACUUCUCAAAGCUAAACACCGUGAUUGGUCUCCUGCUGCCAUUCGAUCAGCCAUUGUCACUACAGCUUGGAGAACAGAUCCGUUUGGACAACAGAUAUUUGCAAAUGGAUCACCUCGGAAGCUAGCUGAUCCGUUUGACUAUGGUGGAGGCCUUGUGAAUCCAGAGAAAGCUUCAAAUCCAGGUCUUGUCUAUGACUUGGGCCUUGAAGACUAUGUUCUCUACAUGUGCUCUCAAGGUUACACCGAGUCAUCAAUCUCUCAGCUUGUUGGUAAAGGAACAGUCUGUUCGAAUCCUAGACCAUCUGUUCUUGAUUUCAACUUGCCUUCAAUCACAAUCCCAAACCUCAAAGAAGAAGUCACUCUCACCAGGAUCCUCACUAAUGUUGGACCAGUCAACUCGGUCUACAAAGUAGUGGUCGAGCCUCCGUUUGGCGUUCAAGUCACCGUAGCGCCAGAGACGUUAGUGUUCAACUCAACGACCAAAAGGGUCUCGUUCAAAGUCAAAGUCUCGACCACACACAAAAUCAACACAGGUUACUACUUUGGAAGCUUGACAUGGAGUGACUCUGUUCAUAACGUUACAAUUCCUUUGUCUGUGAGAACUCAGAUUCUGCAGGACUACUACGAUGAGAAUUGA